GCUGAUGAGCUGCUUCCUUUACGUCCUGCUGUCGGACAGCAUCGCCGGUAACAUCACACCUUUUCUUUUUCUUAAUAUUAACGGAUCUCACUCUAAUAAAGUGUUUAUUUCAUCAUUUUUUCUCACGGUAGGGGCUGCCGGGGGCAGCGUAGUAGGUGGCACGGUUGCAAAGCCCCACUCCAGACCCUACAUGGCAUCACUCCAGAUUGAUGACCACCAUACAUGCGGUGGGGUCCUCGUUCGGAAGGACUAUGUUCUGACUGCAGCACACUGCAAAAACUGUUACCGGGACUUGACUGUGGUGCUCGGAGCACACAACAUCUGCAAAAAGGAGAAAAGUCAGCAAAAAAUCAAAGUGAAAAAGUACCAGCUGCAUCCCAAAUACACAGGAAAAUUCGACUAUGACAUCAUGCUACUGAAGUUGGAAAACAAUGCCAAACUGGAUAAGUACGUAGGGCCGAUUGAACUUCCUGAGACGGAUGAACAUAUCCUGGCUAAUGUUAGCUGCGCUGUUGCUGGCUGGGGCCAAUCUGGACCCAAAAAGCCAACUUCGGAUGUGCUGAAGGAAGCUAACGAGAAGAUUCAGUUCAGCGUUGAGUGCAACCAUAUUUGGAAAGAAAAUUUCACCAGCCAUCGUAUGAUUUGCACCAAGAUUACAAAGGGAGGAGGAGUUUGCCAGGGUGAUUCUGGUGGACCGCUGAUCUGCAACGGGCAUAUAUAACUUUGUUAUAUAUAAUACACUCCACGCAAUUUGAAACAAAGUUGUAGGUGUA